AUGCGGUCGGAGCUGUACACGGCUUUGCCCAAGACACGCUUCGGCAUGACAAUCUUCCCGGACACGCGGCAUGUGGCAGAGCCCAGCGUGCCGCUCUGCAGCCACUCCAUGCACGACUCGGAGCGCUUCAAGACCACCAACAACGUGCACUCGGUCUUCUCGGCGCCCGAUCACCGCAACCCCCAGGUGCAGUCCCUGAACUUGUGCGGCCCGCAGGAGCUGCCCGAUUUGACUUUGCCUUUGCGGCCUCAGCUGCGGCCCUUUGUGGCCAGCAUCGUCCUGAUCGAUUGGUGGGACAGCGCGUUGGAUGUGCAGAGAGAUCGGUCUGUCGGCUUCAUGCGCCCAGCGAUUGAGCAGCUGGGGGAGCAUCCGGAGGUGGGGAUCUUCUGCCCGGUGUUUCACCACCGCUUCGCGCACGUCCUCAAGGGAGCAGCCGACGGUGCGCAAGAGUUGAUGAACACCACGGCCACCGUCUUCUACAUGCUGCGGGACUCGCCGGCCUGGCUCGGCACCCCGGAGUCGCUGGAGAUGUUGGUGGCUUUGACGGCGAAGCACCUCGCAGCUGUGCGCUGGCCUUCCGCGGAGGCUCUCUUCCCACUGCACCCCACGGCUGCCAGUUCGCCGUUCCCUCGGCUGAGACCAGAGAGUGUGCAGAGCAGUUUGCACAAGUUUGUGGUGGACCGCCUGAACGAACUGGAGAUUUGGACCGGCAUGCAGAAGCUGGACCAGGUGCCGCGCCUUGUGGAGCCAAUUGAUGGAUACAUAGAUGAGAUCCAGGCCGCGCUGCUGGGUCUCUGCAUCUUGGUGCUGGCGGGGGACGUGGCGCGCCUGGACCCAUCUCAGCUGCCGGCCUUCGCGCGGCCCUUUGUCACCUCGGAUGAGGCUCUGGACCUGCACUUUGAGCAUCCCAAUCACUGCUACAUGCUGGCCUGGCGCUAUGACUCCGACCUCUCCUGGUCUGCCCGGAAGGUCCUCGCGCGGGGCUUCAAAAUCGACCAGCGCUGGGCGAGCUCCCUUGCAGAGGACACGGGCCAUGCCACCCACUCGGGGCCAUUCGCCCGGGCACGGUUUCUGACGACCGAGCGCUGGGCGGCGGAGACGGUGCAAGCGGCGAUGGACGCCUUUCACGAGGGCAAGCUGCCCCACUUCAGCAUCAACGUGGCAGAGAGCCUGUGCGAAGCGCUGGAGAUGACACGGCAGUUGCCGGGCAUCUACUUGGAGCUGGGUGUUUACAAGGGCUCCUCCGCCUUCGUGGUCUUGCAGUACCUGCGCCGCGCCUGGCCUUCGCUGCAGCGCCCCGCGCUGCUGGUGGACACCUUCGAGGGCUUCUCGUCGCCGCAGGCGGCUGCAAGCUUGGACAUGGGCUGGCAUGGCACCCACGAGGCCUUUGGGAGCCCGGCGGAGCACAUGAUGUAUCUGCGGGACCUGCUGAGUCCCAUGGAGGUGCCCUUCAGCCUCUUCCAGGCCAACGUCUUGACGGACGACCUGCCGGCGGCGGAAGGGGUGGCGCUGUGUUUGAUCGAUGUGGACACCUUCGAGGCCACGCUCAGCGCGCUGCGGAAGGUGAAGCCGUUGCUGGUGCCUGGAGGUGUCGUGCUGUUAGAGGACGUUACCGCCACACCGUUCCUGACCGGAGCAUUGGCGGCCUUGGACCUUUUUCUCGAGGAGCAGGGCCAAAGCUUCCUUCGCCUCUGCACUCGCUCCAUGGCGGUGCUCAUCCGCGUCGACGAGAGAUGGCAAAAUCGGUCGAGCGCCUGCGCGCACGGCAGCGCGACUUCGAAGAGCGCUGCCAGGGACUUGGCCCGGCGGGAGACCGGUUGGGCUGCCAACGAGGCAGCACAGCAGUACGAUGAGAUGAAGGUGGCGCGCAAGGCGCUGAACCUGCUCAACUAUGAGCGACGCUGCCAUAUGGCAUGCGCGUAG